AUGACUAUUUGGUGCAACUCCUGCAAAUGCCAUGUGAGCGCCCCGUGCGCCUCGCACCAUCUGCCCGAGGAGCAGCGCAUCUCCUGCUGCAAGAGGUCCAGAUCCACCAAAGGAGCAUCCAAAGCCCGACGGGACCACAUCAAUCAUGAGAUCAGGAAUAUGCGCGCUCUGUUGCCCAUCACCCAGGAGGACCAGGAGCGACUCUCCUACCUGCACUCCAUGGCUGCCAUCUGCACCUACAUCAGGAAGUCUGUUCUCUUCCAGGGACUCCCGGCUGGAGAGAGAUCACACCGCUCUCUGCCGUACGAGGCCUUUCUCCAGGCGCUGCACGGCUUCAUCCUGGUCACCACCGCCCAGGGCAAGCUGGUCUAUGUGUCCGAAAACGUAGCUGAAUAUCUCGGUCUUUCCAUGGUAGAUGUGCUUCAAGGGGACACUUUCUAUGACAUGGUGGAGAGCUCUGACUUUGCCAUCGUUAAAUCAAACCUGGACUUUGAAAACGACUCUUCAUCAGAGAGGAGCUUCAUAUGUUGCAUGCAAACCUCCAAGGCCUUCAAGCUGCAGCACGGCAGCUGCUGUUCCAUGCUGGUCAGAGGGAGCUUCCAGUCUUUCCCUCAGCCUCGUCUGUUCCCCUCCCCAUCAGCCUGUCCCGCCGACCGGCCUCUGUUUGUGGCCCUCUGCACCCCCACAGUCAACCGCCUGUCCAGCUCUGACUCCCACUUGCGCUGCAGCUUCAGCAGUGUCCACAGACUGGACAUGACCUUUACUCAGCUGUCAGACAGCGUUUUAUAUUUUCUGGGGUAUUCGGCUGAAGAAAUGACUGGCAGAUCGUGGUACAGUCUCGUCCACCCUGAGGAUCUUUCUUUGAGUGCAGAUUCUCAUAGAAGUUUAAUGCAGGCAGAUGAGGGCUUCCAGGUAGAGAUGGUGCUAAGACUCCAGUGCAAGGAUCUGUCAUGUGCCUGGGUCUACAUUCAAGCUAACAAGGACUCCAAGUGCCAGGGCAUAAGCUGCACGAACUUCAUCAUCAGUGAAACAGAGGCCAGGUUUCUGCAGAAGAAAAUCGACAGCGAUGCCUUCAGACCGUCAUCUCUGGCAAAUUGCUGCAAUUUUGCAGCUCAACAGACGGGCAACACUCAGAGCCACAGCAGCACUAACUGUUUUAAAAGGCAGAGGACGUCUUACAGCCAAAGCGAGGAGCCGCCAGGUGCCAGAGCUAGGACGGAGUCUGAGCAAGACAUAUACUAUGUGGCGUGCGCCUCCUCCCAGGGCGAUAGCUCACCUGUUCCCUUGGGCGACAGCCCUGUUUUUUUCACCCCUCCCUACAGCCCGGCCUCCUCCAGCUCCCCUCUGCAGAAGGAGGAGCUCAGCCAUGACCUCUUGAUGGAUGUGCAUGGAUACACAGAUCAGCUGCUGUCCUCCCCUGAGGCCUCUCCCUCCUAUUACUCCUACCCAGAGGCAGGACUCACCUGUCACCAAUCACCCGCCGACUCCCUCCCCGCAGCUGCUGAACAAACCUUUGACCAGGCAGCCUUCAGCGCUCUAAGUGCUCAGCCUCCACUCUCCUCCUCAUCACCGACCUAUGAUUUCCAAGCUUGUACAGCCGAUGCUCGAUUAGUUCCAGACUGCCUCUCUGUGUCCGACAUGUGUGAGAGCCCAGUGGACUGCGCUCUGCAUCAAGAUGACUUAAGCCUUCUCGAGCAGCCACAAGGGGGCAGCCUUGCGCAAGUGCAUCAUGUUCCCCACCAUGCGUUGCCCGAACACUCCCGCCUUCUCGCCCCCGACCAAUCUACCCAUUACAACGAGAGGGAACAGGCAGAGAUCAGCAUUCUGGCUCAGCAGAUCUCCUCUCUGGCCAGCAGCUUUGCCAUGUAUCACACCCACUUCACCCACUUCACCCACACCCCACUUCAAAAUGUGGUCCAGCCUGCAACCUCUGACACCCUGCUCUCACCCUGUGGCUGGCCCAGUCACCCUCCCCUCUCCUCAGGCCGUCCUCCUAAGCGUGAGCUGGUCCUCGAUGAUGGCGUGUUCGACAGCAUCCUGAAUAACCUGGACAUUGUCACGAGGAAAAACAGCUUGUCUGGCCCCGGUGUCGUACCGUACAGCUACCAGCAGGGCUUGUUGCGCGGCAGGAGUGGGUCCCAUCAGUUGGAGCAGGGGCCCCUUGGUCUCUCCCCGACCAUCCCAGAGGACCCGCUGCCUGCAGAGCAGUUCACUGUCAUGGAUGUCUUCGGUUUGCAGUUGGAACGCCAUGACCAAAACACUGGGUUGCAUCAACUCAACCACUAUGUGCAGAGUGGUCUUCAGCAAGAUGCUGAAGAAAACCUGUACUGA